GAAGAAAACAAAAAAUAGUUUUGCGAGGAAAGAAGCUUUUCAAAUAUCCACAAAAAAAGGACUAAAUCUAAAGAGGGCAACAGAAGCCUCCACAGACAAUAACCUUGUUCGAGCGGCACUCGAGUCUCGUUUCUCCUUGCUUUGCUUUCUUUAACCCCAGUGGAAAAAAAGAGGGAAAAAAAGUGGGUGGGGGAGAGAUGAAUCCCAUGGAGUGUCUUCAUGGCUAGCCCCAAACUCUCUGCAGAUCGGACGGUAGCCUCUUCGAUUUCGCUGGCCACUUUCGACCCCACUGACAGGCAGAGGCACGGGGCGGGGGGAGCAGAGGCCCGCAGGCAGACAGGCAGGGCUCGCUGCCCCCUCCCCCCGCGCCGGGUCUCGGCAGGUCGAAGAAAGCUUUUUUUUGUCAUUAAUUUUUUUUUUUCUUGCUCGUGGGUCCCUUCUACCUGUGUCCAUCGCUGCAGGUUGUUGUGCUUGCGAGCAAUUGGGCUGUUGUUGAUAUGCUAAUGAGGCGAUUAGACUGUGGGUAAAGAGCUGGAAAAGGGAAAAGUUUCCACCAUUAGAGGGAGAUCUCCGAGCGCGGACGGGAGCGCUGCCGAGCCUCCGCCAGCCGUGCUCCCCACGCCGCCCGGCACCGCCACCGUAGGGAGAGGCAAGACAGGGAGAACCAAAUCCUCUCUCACGCCAAUCCAUGAAAAUGCUUUGGAAACUGACGGAUAAUAUCAAGUAUGAGGAAUGUGAGGUAAGCGCUUUCUCCGGGCCCGGGCAGAGCCCCGGCCCCGCAGCUGCAAGCGGGAGCCUUCAGCAUCCCUCCGUCUCUCAAUUUCGGCCCCCUUACUUCCCCCCCCCUUACCAGCCCAUCUACCCCCAGUCUCAGGACCCCUACUCCCACGUGAACGACCCGUACAGCCUCAACCCCCUCCAUGCCCAGCCACAGCCCCAGCACCCAGGAUGGCCGGGACAGAGRCAGAGCCAGGAGACGGGGCUGCUCCACACGCACCGCGGUUUGCCCCACCAGCUCUCGGGGCUCGACCCACGCAGGGACUACCGGCGGCACGACGACCUGCUGCACGGCCCGCACGGACUGGGCUCGGGGCUGGCUGACCUGCCCCUCCACUCCAUCCCCCACGCCAUCGAGGACGUGCCGCACGUAGAAGACCCCGGYAUUAACAUCCCAGAUCAAACUGUAAUUAAGAAAGGCCCCGUGUCCCUCUCCAAGUCUAACAACAACGCCGUCUCCUCCAUCCCCAUCAACAAGGACGCGCUCUUCGGCGGGGUGGUAAAUCCCAACGAGGUCUUCUGCUCGGUGCCGGGCCGCCUCUCGCUGCUCAGCUCCACCUCCAAGUACAAGGUCACGGUGGCGGAAGUGCAGAGACGCCUGUCGCCGCCCGAGUGCCUCAACGCCUCCCUGCUGGGCGGAGUGCUCCGGAGGGCAAAGUCUAAAAAUGGAGGGAGAUCUCUGAGGGAGAAACUGGACAAAAUAGGACUAAACCUGCCAGCCGGGAGGCGUAAAGCUGCUAACGUUACCUUGCUCACAUCACUCGUGGAGGGAGAAGCAGUACAUCUAGCUAGAGAUUUUGGGUACGUUUGUGAGACAGAAUUUCCUGCCAAAGCAGUAGCUGAAUUUCUCAACCGACAACAUUCCGAUCCAAACGAGCAAGUCACAAGAAAAAACAUGCUUCUAGCUACAAAACAGAUCUGUAAAGAGUUCACCGACCUGCUGGCUCAGGACCGAUCUCCCUUGGGGAACUCGCGGCCCAACCCCAUUUUGGAGCCAGGCAUCCAGAGCUGCCUGACCCACUUCAACCUCAUCUCGCACGGCUUUGGGAGCCCGGCGGUGUGUGCUGCCGUCACCGCCCUGCAGAACUAUCUCACCGAGGCGCUCAAGGCCAUGGACAAAAUGUACCUCAGCAACAACCCCAACAGCCACACAGACAACAGCACCAAAAGCAGCGACAAAGAGGAGAAGCACCGAAAGUGAGGAUCCCCUCCACACACACUCCUCUCCCUUCCCCCUCACAGCCCAUCGAUCCAUUCAUCUCCCUCCUCCCUCUCCCCGGCACCCAGCACCCCGGGCUACAGCAACAGAAUGAGCGUCCUUCUGCCAGUCCUGUUCUCUGACUCUGCAGGACUGCUCUGCUCUCUCUCCACACCCCUUCCCAGCAUCCACAUUUCCAUUUGCUCCUGCUUAAAUUUCCCCCCUCUUCCCACUGCCACCAUCGUUUUACCCCAGUUUGGAGCCUAAGAGAACAGAACAGGGGGACGGAGCCAGCAAAGAAAAAAAGUUCUGUCUUGAGUUUGUGAACUUUUUUUUUAAAUAAAACAAAAGGAGAAAAAAAAACCAACAAAAAAUAAAACAAAAAAGAAAAGGACUUUUUUUUUCUAAAAAUAUAUUAAAAAAUUUAAAAAAAAAACAAACAAAAAGAAAUAAAUAAUACUUAAAAAUUCUAUGAGCUUCACCGGACUGAAUCACCACCUUCCCUUACAUAAACUUCAGUUAAGA